AUGCAGUCGAGAUUCGAGCAGAUGAACGCGGAUGCUGUGGAUGAGAACGCGUCGUUCUUCUUUGUCUACUGGGCAGCAGGUCGGUGGUUGGCGGUGCGUCUGGAUACGCUCUCUGUCGUGGUCAUUUUUGUGGUAUCGCUCUACUUGGUGGCGACAAAAGGACAGCUCGGCACCUUACUCUCGGGUAUUUCGCUUGUAUACGCGCUCAUGUUGACGUCGAUGGUGCAGUCUUCGGUGCGUGAUGUGGACCGCACAGACAGCGCCAUGACGAGUGUCGAGCGUAUUCUGCACUUCCGUGAGAUCCCGCAAGAGGAAGACUCUCUGGACGCGUCUCCCAUCAACAAUACCUUGUGGCCGUCACAAGGUGCUAUCAGAUUCGACAAUUUGCAGCUCAAGUAUCGCCCGGAACUACCUCUUGUACUUUGCGGUGUGACUAUGAGCGUCGGUGGCGGCGAAAAGCUGGGGAUAUGCGGACGUACUGGUGCCGGUAAGAGCUCCCUGAUGAUUGCGCUUUUCCGUAUCUGUGGGUUUGAAAGUGGAACCAUUCGUAUCGAUAGUGUGGAUGCCCGGAAGUUAAAACUAAAUGACCUUAGACGAAGCCUCGCGAUCAUUCCGCAAGACCCGGUACUAUUCAGUGGAUCGCUUCGAGACAACCUCGACCCGUUUGGUGAAUACUCGGAUGCUGACUUUUGGACAGUCUUGAAGCAGGUUCAUCUCGCAAACGCUGUUUCCAGUUGGGGCUCUGGUUUGCAGCUCAUUCUCUCAGAAAAGGGAGACAAUCUGUCGGUAGGACAGCGUCAACUCGUGUGUAUCGGUCGUGCACUGCUUAAGAACAGCAAGAUCGUCGUGCUGGAUGAGGCCACCGCCAAUACGUUCGCCGACAAGACUGUGCUGACCAUUGCGCACCGCAUCAACACGAUCAUGCAUUGCAAUAAGAUUGCUGUCAUAGACGCAGGCCAGGUGGUUGAGUUCGGGCCGCCGGCGGAUCUUUUGGCGCAGUCAGAUUCGAUCUUCGCGUCGCUCGCUAAACGCUCGACACUACAGUGA